UAACGUUUGACAACCUUUUAUAUUGUUAUUCCAUUGAUGAGAGUAUGUGAAUGAGACUUUGAUUGAUCCCUCAAUCAAGUGUCAAGUUGGUGCUGUCAACAUUGGAUGAUAUAUCUUUAUGACAAGUUUUGAAAAUAGUUUAGUCGUAUCACUUUGCAUCAUAAAUAAUCCGUGUAUCGAUAUCACCUGUUCUAUACACACGCAAUCCAGAUUAAAUCUCUGAUUUCGGGGAAUGGAAUGAAAUGCGAAUUGAUUUUUGUUGGAAUUGUGUGAAUUGUAGCGUUUAUUGUUGAUUCUUCAAGUGGCCUUAUUUAAAAUUACCAAUCAAUUGAGAUGAUUGACUUGAUGCAUGCCGAUGAAACAUUGUAAGUUCUGACUGAGAGAGAUAGAGAGAGAGAGAGACACAAUGCAACGAAUUUGUCGGAAGUUCGAUGAUUUGCUUGACGAAUGCGCGGCGCGCACUCUCAUACAUUCAGAGAGUGCACGAGUACCGUUGCAAUAUUCGCGAUAAAAGCCAUUCCUUUGGUUCGUACGCUCAUUUAUACAUUCUAACAAAAUCAGCACCGAUACCAGGCCUUAAUGCAAAAUAAAGGCAAUCAAGCUGGAAAAAAAGCAAAACAAACCACGAUACAUAUAUAUAUAUAUAUUUAUAUGGAUUUGCGGCGCGUUCUGUGACUCUGUGUGCUAUAACUAAGUAAACCAGUUUCUAGCGAUGUGCUUGUUAAUGAUCACGAUGAUAAGUUUUAUUCCCUCGUUUUGCGUACUUAAUUUCAAUAAUGUUCGCAUGCAAAAGCACGCGCGUCCAUGCAUUUUCGAUGGUUCGAGAUGCGUUCGCAAGCACCGAACACCAUGCGAGAGUUCAUUGAUGCUUCAGCAUAUAGCUAGUUAUUUGCAGCGGGGUUUUUCGUCAGAACACACGGUGAACAAAAAUUUGCCGGCUUCUCUAUAUAUCAAUGCGUCUCAUUUAUUUUUAUUACUUUUUUGGCGAAGGCAUUGAACCUAGUCGACAGCUUGCAUUGAUUUUAAAAGUGGUUUUUAGAUGUGAUACAAAAUAAUAACGAUAGAGCAACUAAUCGAAGCGAGAAAAGUUCAGUUCAGAAGGAAAAGUUCGUUGACAAAAUUUCUAUACCAAAGCACAGCUAAACUCGAGCACAUCAGUGCCAUUCAAAUUGGUUGAUAAUGCACCUGUAUCGAAUGUGGUUUUCUAUAAUUGUUCUGAAUAUUUUUAUCCAUGCCAAUGUGAUGAGUGUUGUUGAUAUCGACGAAAACCUUGUCCAUAAAAUAUGCAAUAUGAAAUUUUGCGAUGCAACUAGAACCAAUUGCGAUCUGGAAUACUGUGUGGAACAAAUGAUCAGUGAGAGUAAAUUCGGAGAUUGUCCAAAGUAUGCAAACAGUACGGACGCAAGAAUGAGUUGUUUUGAUGACUGUGAUGGCCAAGAUUAUAGGUGCACGGCCGCAUUGAAGUGUUGUUGGCUAAACAAUUGCAAUAGGUCAUGCAUAAUGCCAGACAAUUUAAAUCGCAUUUCAACAUUUACAUUGCCACCCAUUCCGACCGAUGUGAGUGUACUGAGUAUGGAGCACGAAACAAGGCGCAAAGCAAAAAUCUCCUGGCUCAUGCGAAUACCACAUAAUCGGUGUGAAGAACAAAUUGAUUAUGUUAUUGAAGCACGUGCGCACGUUGGUUACUCGUUUUCUAAACACAAACUGGGUCAGUGGUUUGCAAUUAACACAGAGAAUGUCCAUCUCGAAUCAAUGCACUCACACAAUACCAAAAUUUCCGGUUUGGUCACGCUACAGAUUGGAAGAUUUUAUGAAUUUCGCAUUCUAGCACUGAAUGGUAACGGCACUAGAGGAUGUUCGGAUUCAACGUUAUUUCAACUGAAUGAAAAACCAAAACACAUAUCACCACCUGCCAAUUUAACGAUUGACUCAACACCUAAAUUAAUGGCUAAUAGCAGCGUGUACACAAGGCUGAAGUGGCAGGAGCCAACCUCAGAAUAUCCAAUUGAAAAAUAUGAACUUUCCUAUUCGCUGUAUAUAAAUGAAGGCAACGGUAGUCUGGUUAUGGAAAAGAUGCGUUUACCGGUUACACAAAAUUUCUACGAAUUGUUCGAUCUCCUGCCGAAUUCCGUAUAUUAUAUCCAGUUGGGUACGAUCUCUUCAUUUGGUAAAAAGCGUUUAAAAUCGGAAAAGGUGUCAAUAUUUGUAAACACAGCCAUCGGUCGUACUUGAUCGGCUUACAAAUUGGUUGAGUGCUGUUUUUUUUCUCGAUUUUUUGCCGAACAUUCUUAAAACAGUAACAUGAUAUGAACACACUUAUCUGUUGUCAAUAGAGAUAUCUUGUGGUCUAUUAUGUGGAAGAGGAAAUCAAAUGCUACUUUUUCUAUUAUGCCUUUCUUCAUCAUACAACGAAAACAAAUACAAUUUGUUUGGAAAAAAAAGUAUUCGAUACGAUUACGUACUGUUAAUGAUAUACUACUACAAAUCGUGUGGCUCAAUAAAUGGGCUUAUAUGUGAUAUUUUAUAAAUAAUAAAUGGGAAUGAAUAUGACCCGAGUUUAACUGUAGCCUUGCUAAUCAAUUUUCUAUUUGCGUCGAGUAUUUGCGAUGUAGUUGAUAUAAGUUGCUUCACCCCUUCUUUAUGACUUCAACAAUAAUUUGUUGUAGCAGAUACUUAAGCAGGACAAUCCAAAUCGUCAAUGGUACCAUUUUUAAAACAAA